GCACACAUAGAAACCAGAUUUUAUUAUUUAUUUUGGUUUCUCUGCUGUGCGAAAAUUUUCGUGGCGCCAAAUAUACAGCUUAAAAGAAAACUAUGGACAGCGAGAAAGCCAACAAUAGCACAACAGCAUUAGAGAAAUGGGGCUUCCAGCUGCAGGAGCUCUAUCGUCUCGCGUUUACAUUCUAUAAACAAAACUCUGGCAAGGCCAUACACUUGUCCUACGAAGAUAAUCUAAAGCUAAUAGCUUUUAAACAGCAGGCUUCGCUCGGUCCAUUUAACACAAAUCAUGCGCCGGCAUUGGGUGUACUGGAUGUAAUUGGACGGGAUCGCCAGCAGCACUGGCAGCUGUUGGGAGAUAUAACGCGAGAGCAGGCCAUGGAAGGAUUCAUAGAUCUCUUGGACACCAUGUGCAGUGCUUUUCGGCCAUACAUUGAGGCCGUGCGCCAGAAUCGUGAUGAAACACUAAAGGCCGAACUGCGACGAAUGGAACAGGAGAAGGCGGCUCAAGAGCAACGUGAACGUGAACAGCAGGAAGUGCUCGAAGAGGGCUACAAGGAGGAACUUCAACGGCGUCAGCUGCAGGAUGCGCUCAACAAGCAGACAUAUCAGCAGUUCAAGCUCUACGCCGAAAAGCAGUUUCCUGGGAAUCCUGAACAGCAGGCCGUGCUUAUACAUCAGCUGCAGCGCGAGCAUUAUCAUCAGUAUAUGCAGCAAUUGCAUUUGCAGAAUCAAGCCCUGAACCAGAGCGCAACUAAUCCACAGCAACAGAUGAUGCCAGACAAGGAUAGUGUGUCGACAGAGGUGCACCACCACAACAAUAAUAACCAACACAGUGAAUGUGCUGCAGGUAGUACAGAUUUGGCCAAUGCUAUGGGCGCACUACAACUUGGCGACUUUGGGGCCCAGCAUCAGGAGCAGAUGCAUCAAGAGCAUUCUCCAGCUGCUGGAGACGCUGAGCAGCAGGCCGAGCAUGGUGUGUGCGAUGAGUAUGAUGAUUAUGUGAUGAUACGGCCAGCCAAAAUUUGGACACGCCCCGAUAUCGAACAGUUCAAGACUGAAGUGUCUGCCGGUGAUGGUGAUGGCGUCAUAACCAUUGGACAUGGUGACACUGUAACGGUCCGUGUACCGACAAAUCUCAACGGCAAGUGCAUCUUUUGGGAGUUUGCUACAGAUAAUUAUGACAUCGGCUUUGGUAUUUACUUUGAGUGGGCUAAGCCCGUUACCAAUGAGGUGACAGUGCAUGUCAGCGACAGCGAUGAGGAUGAAGACUGUGUAGAUGAAGAUUAUCUGUCUACCACAGAGGAUCUGGAGUCGGGUUCUAUGUCCAAUGAUCACAAUGUAAUGGGUGGUCAAAGUUCGUCCGCAGUGUCCAAGGCACCCAUCUCAAUUAUUGUGCCAAUCUAUCGUCGUGAGUGUUACAAUGAGGUCUACGUCGGCUCACACACGUAUCCCGGCGAAGGCGUUUAUCUGCUUAAGUUCGACAAUAGCUAUAGUAUCUGGCGCUCCAAGACGCUCUACUAUCGCGUCUACUAUGAACGAUAAGGCCAAAAUUUACAGUGUUUGUGCGCUGAAUUUACUUACUAUAACUAUAAACUAUAUAUGUACACAUGAUCGGGUGUGUAUGAUGUAUGCACAUACAUAUGUAACUAUGUAGACAAAUAUCCUUAUACAUAUGUACAUACUACAUACAUCAAUUAGAAGCAGCACUUUUCGACAUGCAUUAAUUUAUUAAGGAUGCAAUGAUGAU